AUGGAACCACAUGAGUCUUUCGUGGCCACUCCGAUCAAUCCCAAUAAUUUCCCUGCAAAGCUGUGGCGUCUUGUGAACAGCCCGCUCUACCAGUCCAUCUGCUGGGACUCCGCUGGGGAUGGAGUUAUCAUUGACCAGCAGUUAUUUGAGUCUGAGCUGCUUUGCCCUUCGAGGGGAAUGGCUGAGGCCACUGACUUGUUUAAGACCACUAACUUCACCAGUUUUAUCCGCCAGCUCAAUCUCUAUGGUUUCAGGAAGUUAUGUCUAGGAUCUGGCAGUAGCACUGGUCUCCAUCAUCCUGGGGGAGAUCUGGGAGCUGGAGAUGGCAACGUUCACCAUUUCUACAAUGACCAUUUUCAAAAAGGGCGACCUGAUCUGCUUGUCAAUUUGAAGAGACUGACGAGCACUAACAAAGCCAAGCUGGCGGCGGGCCUGGAAGUAACUUCUCGCCCACCGAACCGCUACCAAAGAAUGCUUUCCAGUUCUCUAACAGAGGACAGUAGAGAAGAUAGCCAAGGAGUCGAACAAAGUCACAGAACUUGCAGACGUGAAAAAAUUCCUCCAUAUGUCAACCCUCCAAGCCACAACCAUUUAGCUUUUACUGGAAAAGAGUUUGAUUGCACUCCCAUCCCUCCAAGGACAUGGUCACACUCAUUUGGCCUUCACCAAAGACAGAUAGCCUCUCAUUCAUCAUUUCCAGAAAAUGGGAUGUUUUAUCCUGUCCUACAGCACUUUCCAUCAGACAUCACUUACACAAUGCAAUCUUCUGCCACGUCGGUACAUGUGCAACAAGGUCUCCCCUCCAUGCCAGGAUCAGUGCAGAGAUUUAGUGGCUAUAUGCCACAUCCUGCACAGUACCCCCAGGCAUAUUACCCAGCAGCCAUCCUUCCAUGCUGCACAGCUUCAGCUCAUAUGCACCAUCUCAAUGGCUGCCCUGGCCCUGCAGUCUCCUCAUACCAACACUGCAGCUAUUUUCAGAACCGUCCAAUGCAUCCUUCUUUUCCCAUGGAAUUCUUUCACACAAGCUGGCCAUCAAGUGAAUCAAGUGAGUUCAGAAAAGACGAGAUGACUCUAGAGAAUGUUUUCCAGUUUGCGGAUGAGCUACAAUCUUCUUCUCAGUUGGAAAUUGUGAAGCUGGAUACAGUACAAAGUCUUGUGGGGCCAGCAGCAUCUCCUUUGCAAAAUGAGAAUGUGGCAAUGGCAGUGCGCCCAGGAAACGAUGAGGCUUAUUGUAGUCAGACGGACCACUUGGAACCUUUACUACAUGUAAAUGCUGAUAUCACGACAGAGGCUUUAUUAGUGGACCAGCCUCACAAUUGUACAAGUCCAUUGACUUCAGCCUAUGUCUCUCCUCUCAGUUCUGAUCACACAGAAGUUGACAUGAAUACAUCUUUAGAUGCAGACAAAACCUUGUGCGUUGAUGAAGUGGAUUUACUCGCUUCUGAUGUCCUUUUUUCUCCAAGUCAAAUAGCAACUUGUGAAUACAUGCACAGUACAAACGGGAAAGCAAAAUUAGAAAAAUGA